UCGGUCUAACGUGACGUCACGUUCGUCAGCCUAGUUGGGUUAGGUUUUACGCUGGAUAUUCUAACGAGAAAUUUUUUGUUUGACGAUUGAUGUUUUCUCCGUGUCCGCCGUAAUUGUACGACGCUGAGUAUACGCGCAGUGACAGCUGGAGAGCGGUCGCGUUUCGCAGAGCGUACGAUCGCGAGGGGCUCGCGGACCAUUUCGGCGUAUAUGAGAUUUUAAACGGAAAAUGAGUCGACAUGAAGGGGUAAGCUGUGAUUCCUGCUUGAAGGGAAAUUUUCGAGGUCGUAGAUACAAGUGCCUUGUAUGCUACGAUUAUGAUCUAUGUGCCAGCUGCUUUGAAGGAGGUGCUAGUACCACACGUCACCUCACAGAUCAUCCUAUGCAAUGCAUACUUACUAGAGUUGAUUAUGAAUUAUACUAUGGUGGUGAAGGAGUGAGUGUGGAGCAGCCUCAAUCUUUAACUUGUCCUUAUUGUGCGAAAAUGGGUUUUACUGAAGCUACAUUACAAGAGCAUGUUGCUGCUGAGCAUCCUGAUACUUCGUUUGAAGUUGUUUGUCCAGUAUGUGCAGCAGUGCCAGGUGGAGAUCCUAAUCAUGUAACUGAUGAUUUUGCUGGCCACUUGACACUAGAGCAUCGUAGCGGACCAAGGGACCUGAUCUCCUUCCUGGAUGAACCAUCUGCAAGUAGGCAUGGAGUUAGACGGAUACCUCAUCCGUCUAGAGCUGUUGGAGCACCGCGCGCACGUCGGUCCAAUAUGCAUUUCAGUUCAUCUGGAGGAUUGAGCCCGAGUAAUCGGGAAGGUAUAGAUCCAAUUGCGGAAUUGCUGUCCCAAUUGUCAGGAGUACGUAGAAGCGGAGGUGGAAGUGGACAAAGUUCAUCGGCACCUUCGCAACUACAGCAAUUACAAAUGCAAUUGCAAUUAGAACGACAACAAGUCCGGGCUGCUAGACAACAACUCGAGCGAUUACCUAGUAGAAGACAGACACAAGUGAUUGGUUCCGUGAGUGGUGGCAGUGGAGGUGCUAGUGGUGGUACCGGUGGUCAUUCUACUGCUAUGGGGGCAUCAAAUACCAGUAGUAAUAAUAAUGCGACUAAUGCGGCCAAUCCACCUGGUAUAUCUUCUAUUAAUUCACAGAACAUUAUGUUCCUGUUACCCAGAUGCAUUACGACUACGCUGUCUGAUUCACAAUUGCAAAGUAUUGAACGCGAGAGUGCAAAUAGGAGUCUUUUUGCACGUGAACUUAUUGUUGCAACGCUUUCCCAAACAUUGCCAGAGUUGAUGCAACAGCAAUGUACUGUGCAAACGCCGGCAUCAAAUGCGACUACUGCCACGACCAGCCCUGAAACACCAAAUGCCAAUACUUCCAUUGUCCCCACGAAGAAAUCAAGUUUAGCUCAGGAAGCAAAGAGGGAACAAGCUACAAGUAAACACAUGACAACAUCUGUGCAACAAAAAGAAUCACAUAUUCUGCAGGCUGCUGCUGCUGCUACUACAACAACUAGUAGCAUGGGCUCAAGUCUGCAAAAUCAGGGCUUACCCCUGAAUCCUAAUAGCAUUGCAACGCAAAAUUCAACUAUAGUUCAAACAUUGAUACAAAGUUCUCUGUUACCUCCACAGCCUCCAUUGGUACUGCAGCCACCACUGCCGCCACCAAUUAGGAAUACUGGUACUGGAACUAUCAGGGAACCGAUAGCAGCUCCGGCGCCUGCUUAUGUCAGAGGUGGAGUAGGUUCUUCGCGUAGGAAGCCGGUUAGGGCUGUAGAUGGAAGAAACCAAUCUACGGAGCCACCACCCCCACACUAACCCCUUCUUAGCCUGUAUACCCACCCAUCCUGAUUCCUCACACAGGACCCUCUAGCACUAGUCCUAGCACUGUUUAGAACACCUCAUCAUUGUUAUUAUUAUAAUAUAUAUUAAUAAUUAUUCGAAACGCCCUCUCCUCCCUUCUUUCUCCUUUUUCUCCUCAUCCUCAUCCUCUUGUGCCCUGCUACUAUUACUACUUUUCCGAACUUUAAUCUCGCCAUCUUUGUUGUUAUGUGACAUGGAAUAAGGGCAAGAACUGAUUUGUGCUGGCCAUUGUGGCAUAUCUGUGGAAUAAUAAUGUACAUAACUCACUUCUUGCAGUCAUUCUUGGAAUAUAUAUAAUUCGUUCGUGGAUAUUAUUCUUCGAACGAAUCUUGCCACGUUCUUCCACACUGACAUUCUACUACAUGAUACGGCGUUAUCUCUUAUUCCCGUUGGAGAGCAGGUGUUGACGAAUAAACGUGCUGUAAAAAGAAAGACCUUACGAAGACAGCGACAUUAGCGUUCACUAUUCAGUUAUCAAAGUAUCGAAAGAAUAGGGAUGAAUACACGAGAAUAUGUAUUGUGACCUAGCAAAUCUAGACGAAUAUGUACAGGAAUGAAAUUUUUCAAAAUUACAUUAUGUACAUUAUAUAUGUUUGCUGUUACAAUAUAAGAAAAAAUGCUAACAACUUUGUUAAUUUAUAUACGCGGCAUAAAUUCUAUCGAACGAUCGACUGCUAAUGUGCUAUGUACUUUAAAACACGAUAUGCAUUCUCUUUUUCAAGUAAAAAUAUAUGAACGCCUGGGUUGGUCCGUAAUAUUAACGCUUUUAAAUUGUUAAAAACUAAUCUUCAGAUAACUUCUCCGGCGCACUAAUAGUGAAAGAUUAAUACACAAAACUAUUGUAGAGAUAAAUAAAUGAAUUGUCACGAAUGGUGUAACAAUGCAGAACAAUGUUACUGCAUAUUUUUCAGAUGACUACAUAGAUUUAAACCUCGUUAUAAUAGAGAGAGACUCCUCUGUAUGCUUUACAAUCAAUAAAUCAUUGGUAUAAUGUAUAAGAAAAUAUUAUUU